UAUGAAUCCCCUUCAACCCUCCUUAUGGACUACUUCGGGUUCGAGACCUAUUAUUAUCGACAAACAUUCGACUCCAAAGGAGACCACACCUUGGUUGAGCGCGUUGUGCAGUUGAGGCAGGACAAGAAGCUAAGCUCUCUGACGUUCGCGUGCCCCCGCAGGAGCCGCGAGUUGGAUGGCCAAACCUCUCCGCCUCAAUUGAACCACGGCGUCUUUGUUCCUUCUAAGCUUAUGUUUUGGGAUGAGAAUGAUUCGUUGACGCCGUCGGACGAUAUGCCCAUCGUUCAAGUGUCCAUCGAGAGGUCUGAUGACCCCGAACAAAACUGGGCGGUCGAAAAGGUCUUGUCGAAAUUCUGUGAAGAGGGAAAUUUCGUUUUAGCAGGCGGUCUGACCAUCCAC